AUGUCAUCAGUUGGCUUUAAACUUAAAGGUCCUCCACCAAAGGCACCAAAUUAUACAGCAGCAGCCAAAAAUACAGACAGAGUUAAAGAAAUUUCAUAUAAUGAACAUGACAGAAAAGAUUUUUUAACAGGUUUUUCAAGAAGAAAAAAGGAAAGAAGAGAAUUUGCAAUGCAAAGAAUCGCAGAGAAAGAAAAAAAUGAAAAAAAAGAACAAAAGAAAUUUGCACAAUUACAAAGAGAAGCAUUCCAACAAUCCAUUAAAGAUUCCAAAAAGAAACAUCAAGAUGAAUUUGGUCUUGAACAUUCAGAUGAAGAAGAAUGUGAUACUAAAGAUACACAAGAAGAAAAAAUUAAAAAUGAAGUUAAAAAAUCAUUUGAAAUUUCAAGUGAUGAUAAAAUUGUUACUACUGUAAUUAAACCAUUAUCAUUUAAUAGUGAUGGUGAGGAGGAAGAGGAAGAAGAGGACGAGGAUAUGGAAAGUGAAGAAGAGGAAGAAGAAGAAGAAGAAGAAGAACAAGAUAAUGAAAAUAAUAAAAAACAUCCAGUUGUUAAAAAGACUCAAACUAAAAAACCAGAAAUUAAUAAAUUUAAAAAAGAAAAAGAUACAGUAUCACCAGAAAAUUUAAUUUUAAUAAAUAAAGAUCAAAAGAUCUAUCAAGAUGAAAAGGGUAGAAAGAUUAAAAUGAAAAAAGAAAAAGGUAAAAUUAUUCCAGUUGUACUUACUCAAGCUGCUGAAACUGCUUUAGAAAAAGGUUGGAAACUCCCAAGAGCAUUAAGAACUAAAGAAAAGAAAUCAUGGUCAUUUGCAACACAAAAGAAGAGUAGAAAGAAGGCUAGAAAAGAAAAAAAAGGAAAAUAA